AUGUGCCAGAAAUCUUUGAGCAGCAGUCCUAACAAUAAUAACAAUUACCUCAGCGAUAUCAACAACAGCAAUAAGGGCAGACACAGCAACCUCAAUAUUUCCAGCAGCAACAAGAAUAAAAGCAACAACAAACUGGGGCCAUCGUCGCUGAGAUUUAGAAGGGCCAAGUCCGGCGUGGACGGCGGAAACGGUAAUUGCAUCCAGGACACGUCCAUCCACGCCUCCCGACAUGAAGAAAGACUUGGGAAGAGGGAAGCGCCGCACGAUCUAUUCGACCUCAUCCGCAAAGUGCAAGAUUCGCGGAUCGACGAUCAGCGAUGCGAGCUUCCGAACUUCUUCACCCAAGCGACGCGCGCUGGGAACUUGCGCGAGGGCGGCAUGGGCAAGUCACCCUCAUCCGAGGGCAGCGACAGGGACGGCGCCCCUGCAAACAAAUCCUCCCGCCAACAGCUCCUCAACAUCCUCAGGAAUCCUGGACCUUAUCCUCAGGUUGUGUUACCAGCAAGUGGAGGAUACUGGUUGGAUUCUGGCGAGCCUGAGAACCAUCAAUUCGAUUCAUCCUCAGCCUCAACCUCAUCGUCAACCUCAUCAACACAACCAUGCCGCUACCACCCAAACAACCCAACUUAUAUACCUAGUCAAUGCUUACCCCCCUCAACAAAUUACCACAAUGGGCACAAUUUCGAUAUCCCGCCCACUAACAACCAAUCUAAUAAUCCAUCAAAUAACUUCAAUUCGCAAUACGCCAGUAAUUAUAGCUACAACGGGUACCAUUCGUCUACACCGUCUGAAGUAUCGUAUGAAUCAUCACAAUACAGUGACCAUACCACCGUAUCCCAAACCUCACAGUUUAUUUAUGGAGCAAAUGGCCAGUAUGUCAACAACAACGAUAACGCUCACCAUAAUCAACACAAUAAGAACGAAUCUCAACACCAUUCUGCUAAUAUCAACGAUAAUGUUUAUGAUAAUGAACAUCGCAACGGCCGACAGCACAAACAUCAAAACUCAUCAUCAUCCUGUCUUCAACAUCUUCCAACAGCAACAUCGACAUCAAAUGCCAACAUCAAAAUCGAGAGCGAUGAGACCGCGCAGAUCUACAGAAGACACUUCAUGGGAAAG